AUGCUCUACACUGAGAUACUCUACACUGAGAUACUUUACACUGAAAGGUUCUACUCUGAAAGGCUCUACACCGAAAUGCUCUACAUUGAGAUACUCUACACUGAAAGCCCCUACACUAAAAUGCUCUGUACCACGAAAUAUAUUGUAUAUAGAUUUGAGGCGGAGCAAAACGAGUUGGUGGAUACUCAAUUCGCCCACUGUUCCCGCGUUUGUCGAAAUGCAACAAUCUGCAGCAGCAGCGGAACCAACAGAAUUCCGAGCUAUACGGUGCUCCUGGCUGCGCUGGCCGCGCUGCUGCCGUUGUUGCCAUUGACACACGCGCGCCAUCUGCACGAUCAGCUGGCGCUGGGCUUUGCCUACGAGGAUGCGGACAGCUCCAGUGGCAGCGGCGCCAGCGUCGACAGCAGCAGAUCGCUGCCCGCCUGGCACGCGAAUCCCUUUUAUGGCCUGGCUGAGGCUGAAAGCGAGAGCAGCUACGAGCAGAUUACACAGGCGGCAAUGAAAGCCGUCAAGCGGGAGCUGCAGCGGCAGCGCAUCCGGCAUCGGCGCAGCCAUGCGCUGCAGUACUUUGCCCGGACGGAGGCGGCGCCCGAGUGGGAGAAUCCGUGCGGCGGCGUCUAUCAGCCGGAUCGCCAGCAGCCCAAGAAGCUGAACAUCUCGGUGCGGGCCAAGCGCAAUUAUCUGAAGCUGCUGCGCAACAACACGCUAAUCGAACUGCAAGACAUACGCAAGGCGGCCAAGCUGGACUACGGCGACAUUCAGGCCUGGCAGCGCGAGUACACCUUCCUGCCAAACAUGACGCGUCCCACAAAUAAGGUGAUGCUGCAGACCUGGUACCGCGGCAUCCAAACCUUCGUGGGCAGCUUCGCGUACUUGGGCAAGGCGCACUACAAAUACCAGAAGGAGCACCAGCUGCCCAUUGGCAAGUCGACCGAGGAGCUGCACAAGCUGCUGGUGAGCGCGCGCCGUGUGCUCUGCGAGAUCGAGACGACCAUCAAUGCAUCCUAUCCGAACAGCAAUGUGGCCAAGCUCAACCAGGUUAGCCGGGCCAAGAUGCAGGCCGAUCUGGACUUCUACACGCCCGCCGAUGGCAGCAAGGAGGCCGACAAGCGCGACCUCAAGUUCACCAAGCAGCUGUACUUUCAGUUUCUGGACAACAUGGCCAAGUCGCUGCAUCGGGCGCUCAACAAGCGCAAGCAGCGGCGCCACAGCGCCGAGAGCCAGCCGCACAGCUCGGCCGUUUCCAAUUCCCGCCAGGCGAUCAGCCUGGAAAGCACCGAGGGCAGCCGAUCCGGCCAGUCGGCCCAAUCGGGCCAGUCCGGCCAGUCCGGCCAAUCAACUGGCGCGCGCAACGACAGCGGCUGCUCCAAUUUUGGCGACUGCUAA